UCUAUCUCUUAAGUUUUCAUUUUAAUGUAUAACUUAGUUAAUUACAUUUAUUUUAUUCAAAUUCACAGAAGCAAUAGAUGAAAUUUCCUCAAGAAUUUCCCUUUGCUUCACCAGCAUAAGCUUUUAAGGUUGUAUAGCCAUCCACCAGUAAUCAGCAGCCUGAUCUAUGUAUCAGUCAUAAUCAGUGAUCAACAGCCUUAUACAUACAAAGAAGGAAAAUGAGACCGAGGACAUUAUGCGGAUUUUAAUAUGGAGCCAUUGCCUAUCUCUCAAACCUUGGCAUUAGAAGUCUUGACAGUGAUGGUUUAAAGUCCUUAAGUAAACUGGAGAGCUUGGACAUUUCAGGAAAUCACCUACGUUCCAUACCAAACCUGAAUUUACCACAGCUGAAAGUGUUAAACUGUGAAGAUAACAUGAUUCAGGACAUAAGUUUUUUGCACCAGUUCCCACAGCUAAAAGAACUCUUUCUGACAGGCAAUCCUCUUUCUAAUGCUGACAGGUAUAUUGCUGUUGCUCAACUGCCAACUUUAGUAUAUCUGGAUGGAAAGGACUGCUCUAAGUUAUGGGAAUUGGAUGUAAAAGUAGAGGAGAGAUUAUGGCCACAAGUGAUUAGGGUAUGGGAGGAAUACUUUGCUAAUCAGAUAAAUUCUGAAUGUUCUGAAGAAGAUGUUCAAGAUCUUUUAAAACAAAUGGUACGUCAGCUUCGACGAACUCCAAUUCAUUGUUAUGAGGCUCCAGAAAAGUUUAAAAGGUACAAGGUUGAAUCAAUUGCCACAGCUUUGAUUCUUACUGCUAGAGAAAAAAGUAAGAAAAAAGUAACCCCUUCCAAGGGACAACGUGUACAAGCAGGUAGUUCUAGCCAUUCAGAGACAACCUUAUUAUCUGUAAAAACUUCAAGAUCCCCUGUUAAAAAAAGGAUUUUCCCCAGUUCUCCUGAGAAAGAGUCUAUCAGUAAUGUUGAGCAAACACCUAAAGCUGUCACUGCCUCUCCUCAGAAGAAAAUAAAAGUUCAUUCCCAUGAAAAAGAGUCUUACAAACUAGCUAAGCACAAAACAACCCCAGAAAAACAGUCUGUUUUGUUGUUAGAAAAAGUAAAAUCCUCACAAAAAUACAACUUAUAUGAACAGGAACCACAAUAUUCACCUCAAAAACAAAGGGAUGGUACAUCUGAAACUGCAGAGAAAAAGAAACGUUGUCGGCUACCUUCAAAUUUUGCACCCCAUAUAUUCUUGAGGUGUCACUCAAGAAACAAUGAUCCAGAGGAUUCUGAGACACAAGUUUGGAGAUCAGCUUUUGAGCCUGAUGUGUUUAACAAAGGUAGCCUGACCAAUACAGUGGCUACUUGUGGUGGAAAUUUGGUAUGCCUAAUUGACUGUGAAUCUGGACGUGUGAUUAAGCGUUAUAAACAUAUAAAUCCACUAGAGGAUUUCUACACUUUGUGUUGGACUUCAGUAGACACAGGAAAAACUGGAAAUAACAUAAACCUACUUGCUGUUGGUGGUCGAGCUAAAGAUAUUUGCCUUCUUCAUCCAUCACAACUAAUCUGUUAUCACAGUUAUAAAGCUCACACACAAUCUAUAAACAGUCUUCUGUUCCACCCAACCCAAACCACAUGGUUGCUUAGUGGUGGUGAAGAUAGAAAAGUUCAUCUUUGGGAUGUUGGUAUCCCAUCUCUUCCUGACUACAAAACAAACUGUCAGAAAUUGAUGACAUUAGAGACUGGCUAUCCAGUUCUCCAGAUGGUAUUUUCAUUGAAGCAUCAACAUUUAUUAGUUGGGUGCGAAGGUGGACUCUUUGGUUGGGACCUCCCAAAAGCACCUGUAUGGAAAGUUGUAAGAGAUCCAGCUGUGGUUUACCAGUUACCCAAAACAAAAGAUAUACAGAACAAUGAGGAUUAUGUUGUGGAUGGAUUAGCCUUAUUAUCUGCAGACAGAUUUGCUGUAAAGUAUUCAGGAUCAGGAAGAAUCUAUAUCUGUAGCCUUAUAGAUGCCUUAACAAACAACAAUUUUAAGAGAAAACAGAAUGUCCAGUUAGUUCCUUUAAAAACAAUGGAGUGGAGCAAGUGUGAUACCGAUUAUUUGGCUCUUACUGCUCACAUAGAUGGCUUAUUUAUGGCCUGUGGAGAUGAUAUAGGACAAAUAUGGAUGUACAAAACAAACCAAUCUAAAAGUCCGUCUAAAAGUAGCAGAUUACAGACUCCAGCUUAUAUUCUUUCUUGGCCUGAUCUUAGCUUUGACAGCUCAGACCAACAUCAGUUUUCACUACAACUGGAUAAGGUGUUAGUUAAUUCUAUGACAGUAAGUGAAGACGGACAAUUUUUGAUGGCAUGUACCAGCAAGAAUUUAGUUUGUUUAUGGAAGGCUGUGAAAUAAUAGUAAUUUACACUAGUUAAUCAAGAAACUGAUAUUAUAGAAGAUGCACUGUGACAGUUUAUUUAUUUUUUAUACUUUUAAAGGAAGAUAAUUUUCUUAUGUUCAGAACAUUGCUUUUAAUAUUGUUCUGUAAAUUUUAUAUAUAUUCUUACAUAUAUAUAAUGAGUAAUA